AACUACCCGCUAUUGACUUAAAGGGACGAGUCUGUUAUCAAUGACCCAGCUACUCUACACUUUACCUGUAUUCUCACCUGAGUUGCAAGAAGUGAAAGAAGGGGGUGCACUUAGUUAGAAGACGUACAACACAAGGAAGAAAACAACUUUACCUCAGCCUCAAGAUCUUCAGAGUCGAAAAUUCUCUCUCCUUUUGGCUGUAAUUGAACAUUAAUUUUUUUGGUCGUUUUUGAUUUUUUGAGUGGGGGACUUUGGCUGAUGAUGUUGUUCUGAUGUAUAAUGAAACAUGAAGAUUUCAGAGGAAUUUCGGAUUAUCAACCUUGUUUGUUUAAUGGGAGUAUGUCUUCAAAACGUAAAAAUACUCCGACCAAACUGCCAAAAGACAGCAACAGUGAAGUAGACAGUGACAGUGACACUGAAACCAGUCUCCACAUAGUGACAAAAUCAGACAGUGAAAAUCAGGACUCCGAUUCAUCCAGCAGUCGGCCGCCGAGUAAAAAACAACGAAUUCUUCAGAGUGUGCGGCAGGACUCGGACUCAGAGACUGAGCUGGAACUCUUAUCACCUCAUCAGCUUCAUCAUCACCUCUCAACAAAGUCCAAUCUGGGACUGCAGCGUAAAUCCAUGGAAAGUGUUCUGCGACGACUGAGCUCCAAAUCGGACAUUUCGGAGCUCGAGAAUAACCACAUGAACGAGGACAACAAAGUCAAGGAAAGCAUUCAGGUUUUACUGAGUGACGGAAGCUUGAAGGAAAAGGAGCAGAGACUCAGCGAGAUGAUUGCUCAACUACAGAGCCUCAAGGAGGAUCUGUCCACGCAAAAACAGGGUUCCAUAAACCACACAGAAUUCAAGAACAUGCCAGUAUCUGGCAGUGAAACAAGCAUCUCUCAUGCAUCUUCCAAAAGCUCAUCUCCCAUCAACAUGGACAGCCGACCACAACAGUUAUCUCCAGUUCUCUCCCCUUACCACCACGGUUCACCUCGAUCUCAGCCCUCGCCCAAAGUCAGAAAGGGGAGCCCUCCAGCCGCCACCUCCCCACACAGCUGGGGUGGGGCCAUGAAUCAGGAAAUCCCUCUCAACCUGACCAAACCCAGAGGGUACAAACUAGAGAAAGCGGAAGAGAUGUACGGAUCACCGGAAAAACAUGAAGGGAACAACAGGACGCCACCUCCAGCCCAUAUCCACCACAAGAGACAGGUGGCGUCCCCAGUCACCACCCCAACCACAGAGAUUGGACCAUUCCCAGGUGUACGGCUGCCACUUGGAUUUCCACAGUAUCCAUUCAUGAUGGCCAAUCCUAUGGUCACCUCAAUGCUGAGUGGAAUGACACCACCAGGACUGAUGAAUGGAAAAUCUCAUCCAGAUCAUGACAAGGAGUCGAUGGUUCAGGAGGUGUUGGCCCGUCAGCUGUCUCACUCUAUGACCAGCCCUGUGUUCCCAGGGCUCCCCCUACCCCUCUACUCCCAUGCAGCCAUGACCUCCCUCCCCCCAAUGUCAGCCAUGAAGGAACGGUCAGACAGCUCGGUAGAGGACAGCCAAUCAGGAAAAAUGUAUGGUGCUAAAAUUAUCCGUUCCCAGAAGGAGAAGAAUGAAGUAGGUAAACCCCAUAUAAAGAGACCCAUGAAUGCAUUUAUGGUUUGGGCCAGGGAGGAAAGAAGGAAGAUCCUAAAAGCCUGUCCAGAUAUGCACAACUCAAACAUUAGCAAAAUCUUAGGUGCCAAAUGGAAAGCCAUGACCAAUGCAGAGAAGCAGCCAUACUAUGAGGAACAAAGUCGCCUCAGUAAACUUCACAUGGAAAAACAUCCUGAUUACCGCUACAGGCCUCGACCAAAGAGGACUUGUAUUGUGGAUGGCAAAAAGCUUCGCAUCUCGGAGUAUAAAGCCCUGAUGAGGACGAGAAGGCAAGAUAUCCGAAGAGUUUGGUAUGGUGACUCCCACACCACUUACGUUGAGGGACUCAUCGGUGAGAAUGGUUCUUCCUCAUCCUUUGAUCCAUCUCGACCCCCUCUCCACCCUAAUGGAAUUCACUCCAGUGUAGACAGUUCAGGGGUCAACGGGGCGUCUCAUCAUGGCUUCCCUAGCAACAAGGAAGAUGACCUUGACAACUGCAGUGACGAGGAGCUCAGUGACAUGAUGGACCAAUCCUCGGACAACAGUCUCGAUUCCAACUUUUUGAAGAAUAUCCAACCUCUAAAACGAUCUCACAUCCUGUGCCAAUACAGAUAUGCCUCUUCAAGCACUUUUAAGUUGACCACUUCCCCUAAGCCGAAACCCAGUGACCCUGACACCUUGCCCUUUGGUCACAACUUUAGUGACCACAUGCUGGAAGUCCCCUGGUCAGCUGAUAAAGGAUGGGGGAAGCCUCUGAUAUCCCCCCUCCACAACCUCUCCCUCCACCCCGGGGCCAAGUGCUUCCAUUACGCAACAGAGUUGUUUGAAGGAAUGAAGGCCUACAGGACUGCCGAGGGAAAAGUGAAUCUCUUCAGACCUACUGAGAACAUGGCCAGGAUGCUUAGCUCAGCCCAAAGAGCAUCACUGCCGACUUUUGAUGGUGAUGAACUCAUAACAUGUAUUAAGAAGUUGAUCAGUAUUGAUAAAGACUGGGUGCCUCACUCAGAUAAGGCCUCCCUCUAUAUCAGACCCACACUGAUAGGAACAGAGGGUGUGUUGCGUGUGGACACCUCACAUGAAGCUCUGCUGUUUGUUUUGAUUGGACCAGUGGGAUGUUACUAUCCCACAGGACUCAAACCUGUGUCCCUGCUAGCUGAUCCCAAGUAUGUCAGGGCAUGGCCAGGGGGCAGCGGCAGCUUCAAACUGGGAUGUAAUUAUGCCCCCACCAUGAGCAUUCAACAAGAGGCUGCCUCUAAGGGUUGUCAGCAGGUAUUAUGGUUGUUUGGGCAGGAGGAGCAGAUCACAGAAGUGGGGGCCAUGAACCUAUUUAUGUAUUGGACCAAUGAAAAUGGAGAGGAUGAGCUGGUGACCUGUCCGUUAAAUGGUCUGGUGUUACCAGGGAUUACCAGGAAAAGUCUACUGGAGCUGGCAAGAUCCUGGGGAGAGUUUAAGGUUUCUGAACGAGAGUAUACUAUGCAAGAUUUAGUCAAAGGAUUGAAAGAAAACAGGGUGAAGGAGUUCUUUGGGGCAGGGACUGCCUGUGUUGUGUGUCCUGUGGAGAAGGUUUUGUACAGAUCCCAGUGGUUAAACAUCCCCACCAUGUCUCAAGGUGCCCCCCUAACGAUGAGAAUGUACAAAACUCUGCUAGAUAUUCAGUAUGGAAGGGUGAAGCAUGAAUGGUCAGUCUCGGUUGAGUAAAGGACUACAGUGUAUCUGAUAUAUCGAAAAGAUUUCUUAGACAAUAAGGAGAGAUUAGUCACAGACGGUAUUUCUCUUGACGGAUACUUAUCACCGCUUACAAAUGGCUUUUUAUCUCAGGAACACUUUUAUUAAUGAAAUAAUUCUAUAUCCUGGAACUCAUGUUAAAUUAUUUGGAAUUUUUUUUAUUUGUUUAAUGAUUUUUUGGAGUGAGAUUUUUGUUGCUGGUAAAUUGUCUCAAAAAUAAUUACACAUGUACUUAAUUGUAGCAAUAUUUGAUGUUUACAGUUUAGUUAAGGAUGACAAUAUGAUCAAGUGUUAUCUGUGAUAUUUUUUAUUUUUUUGUUGUUAAAGUAUGCUAACAAUAUCUUGUUUUUUUUUUAACAUGGUGUGCACUAUUAGCUAUAUAUUUUUACAAAUAAUAGAGAACAAAACAUAUGUUUAUUAAUGAACAUAAAACACCCAGUGCUAUAUUGUGAAGUACUUAAUCUUUGUGUGUGAUUUUGUAAUUGUUGUUCUGUAUGGAGGGAUAAUUGCAAUUUCUGAUGAUUUUAUUUCUUUCUUUUUUUUUUGUGGAAAUGCGGAGAAUUUUUGAAAACAUAUCUCAAUAAUGAAAAUUAAAAUUUGUACAAAUUUUAUUUAUUUAAUUGUGUAAUUUGUAUUUGGAAUUAUGGAAAGAUAAUUUUUCUAAAGUGUCUUUAAUUAUUAUCAUAAUCUAUUUUUUCUCCUUUUUAUACAAAAUCUGGAUAAAUCUUUUUUGAUAUACAUGUAUAUGUUUUUGUUAAGAAUUCAAUUUUUUACAAGUUUUUAUCACCAGUUUUUGUUUCAGGUGAUCUAAAUUUGUUUAAUGAACAAAAUAUUCGAUGGAAGGGUAGAAAUUUCAGGAUAUUAAGGAAAAGAAAUCUUAUUAAUUGAUUUUGAAUUAAUGAUCUUCACUUAGUAUAUUUUUCCCUGUACUUUUUAAACAGAAUCUCGCAACUGAAGCCUGAUAUCCAUUUUUUUUUUAAUUCGUUUAAAAAUUAUGCAGUGAUUUUAAGGGUUUGAAUUUUUAAAAAAUACUUAAAGGUACAUGGGACUUUUUUUUUGUCUUUCAAAAAAUAUGUAUAUUUAGACAAUAUUACCAGUAGUAAUUUUUUUUACAUAAUUCAUUUGAAGGGAUAAACUUUAAUCAAAUCUUUACGUUUAUUUUUCUUAAAUAGAGGUUAAAUUGGCCAUUUCUUCCCCAAAAGUUUUAUUCUACUGCUUAAAAAAAUGAAUUAUCAUAAAAUUAAAAGAAAACAAUAGGUUAUAAAUAUAGAUCAUUUCCUAAAUACUUCAUUUAGAUAUUUUAAAAAUAUAUAGACAGUACUAGUUUUGUUGAUGAAAAGGCAGAUUAUUGGUUUUAAUUCAGUCAGCUAUUACAUUACCUCAAUGUGAAAUCCAAGUUUAACUUAUAACAUUUAAUGAUGCAAAAAGAUUUUAAUCAAAUAGAAAGUUUAAAUACUCAUUUUUUCUAUUAGCAGAUUUUUUUUCUUUUUGAAAUAGCCUAAUACAUUUUUUACUGGAAUUAACAAUUUUCACAUAUGCGCUAUAUAUAUUUUUAAAUGUUUGCGUAGUGAGGCAGUUAGUUUUUGUUGCCAUGGAUUCUUAAAAUCAAAGUUUUGUUUGGUGCUUUAAUUUGCUUGAAUCUCAUUAGUAUAUAGUAGGUAAUAUAUAUAGAAACAUUGACUUGUGUUACGAUGCAGCUGUUGUUGAUAUGUAGUUAAUUUUUAAAUCUUAUACUGUUCCUCUUUU